UUUAAGAAAAAACUAAGUAACCUUGAGGAUGACCAUUCUACUGAAGUUAAUAGGCUACGAAGACAGUUGGAAAAUGAGGAAUUUGCUAAAUCAAGCCUGGAGAGGAGAUUCAAAUCUUUAGAGGAUGAGCUGUCUAGUAAGCAGACUGAAGUUUCUGGAUUAAAGAAUUCUGAGCAGUAGAGCAGGACUAGAGGCAAACUAUCAGAAUACAACUACACAAUUGGAAACUGCUAAAACAAGGAUAACUGAGCUGGAGAAGACUGAGUCCCAGUCCACGGAGAUGGAGAAGAUGAAGGAGAAACUAAAUUGGGAGGAAACUGAGAGAGGGAAACUCCAUAAUCUAGUCCAAGAACUCAAGGGAAAUAUUUGUGUGUUCUGUCGAGUGAGGCCUCUGCUCGGAGAUGAAAUUCAGAAGUAUGGUAGUAUUCAGCAACUAGUUAUCAGUAAUGAGAGCUCCCUGGAGCUAGGAGGAGAUGUAGAGGAUUUAGAGCAGGCUGGUAUGAUCCCCAAGACGAUCAAACAGAUAUUCGAGGUUACAGGGAGAUUGAAAGAGAAAGGUUGGGAGUAUACAUUCCAGGCGUCCUUCUUUGAGAUCUACAACGAGGAGAUCAGGGACCUCCUUGCCACCAAGAAGAAUCUCAAGUAUGAAAUCAAGAUGACCGACUCCAAGGGGGCAGAUAUGUUCGUCACCAACCUCAAGAUUGAGACUGUCACCUCGGAGUUGAUGAUUUACAAUCUGAUGAGGAGAGCUAGGAAACAAAGAGCAGUAGCAGAAACACUGUGCAAUGAGAGAUCAUCAAGAUCACAUUCAAUAUUUAUGCUCAGGAUAACUGGAACUAACAGUGUGACUACUGAAUCCUGCUGUGGGAUCCUAAACCUGGUAUAUCUAGCAGGAUCAGAGAGAAUCAAGGAGUCUGGUAGCGAAGGCCAAAGGUUAACAGGAGCGAAGGCAAUCAAUAAAUCACUUUCCAAUCUGGGAAAUGUUAUUAUGGCGUUAGCACAGAAGGAACCCCAUGUACCGUAUAGGAACUCUAAGCUGACCCACCUGCUGCAGAACUGCCUGGAUGGGAACAGUAAGACCUUGAUGUUUGUUAACUUGAACCCUAAGGAGAACAGCUUUAACGAAACAUUUAUUGUAUCUGACUCGGAAAUUUCUGUAAAUUAUGACCACGUGUGA